AAGGGAGAACUACUCCUAAAUAUCUGGGGGACCAGGAGCCUCCACCCCUGCAAAGACCCAAUGUCCAGGGUAGAAUCUGCCUUUAAUCUUUUGAUAUCAAGUUUUUCAGUUAUUGACAACAUUCUAAAUGGUUUCAGAACUUGAGCGAGUGGUUUCCACGGCACCCCGUUCAAAAAUCACCACUGCCGGUCUGUUGUUCAGCCAUAUCUUGGACUGAUCACAAGCCAGAUUCAGCUCUUGCAUCUCAAAGAGCCAGAAUCAUAUUCCGAUCCUCUGCUUUAGAGUCACCAGCUGCAUUUGAGUCUUCUGUUUCAGAUUUAUCAGCAUGGAGAAGUGGCUUAGAAAGAGAUUAUGUUUGGAGGAAGAUAACUCUCCAGCUGCAGCUCAGCUAAUCCGAUUGACUUACAUGCGUAUAUGUGGCCUUAUCCUUGAGGCGAUUGGUUGGCUCCUGUGCAUUACUGCAACAGGAGCUGAUGAAUGGAGAGUGUGGCAUUCAAAUAAUCUUCCUGGCAUCAGCAACGGAAAGCUCUGGAUUGGGAUCUGGAGAGUCUGUUUCAUAGUAGAUCUUCAUGAUGACGAGCCUAUGAAGAUGCAUUGCUUGGAAUUCCUAGAGCAAUAUAAGUCCCUUCCAAAGGAAAUUUUUAUUGCACAGGACUUGAUGUCUUUAGCUAGUGUUGUCCUCUCCUUAGCUAUGGCUUUUAUGUCUUUUGCUUUGUGGAAUGUUUUUAAAAAUGUAAGACAGAAAAAUGUUUUGCUUAUUCUUUUCAGGGUCGGAGGAAUUCUAACUUUACUGUCUGGUCUCAUCAUACUUUUACCACUUUCGUGGAAUAUGUAUAAUGUAAUAGCAAAUGAAGGGAUUUUGUUUCCUGAACCUUUUAAUUUGCCUUAUCUUCCAUAUGAGCAGACAGUUGGGUUUGCCAUAUAUGUGGGUUUUUCUGCUUCAGGAAUCCUGAUAUUAAGUUCAUUCUUUAUUCUCAGUAAGAAAUAUCAGAUUACGCCCAAUAGAGUACAUCCUAUAAUUAUUGUCACACCAGAGCCAUCGACCAGUCGCAGUGAAACAGAAACCUGUAUCCGUUUUGGAUCACUUGUAUCAGUUGAUAAAACCAUAUCUGAAGAACAACAUUUUAAUAGUUAAAGGGCAUAUAUGCAGGGGUCUUAAUAUUUUAAAUGGCAGCUGUUUUUAUUGUGUGCUGAUUCCCAGAAUUACAUUGAGCUGUUGUUUUCACUUUGUGUUUAAAAUAUGUUUAAAUGUAGAAUGAAUUGUUUGUUACUUAAUACAUUAAAAUUAAUUGAGGCUU